AUGGGCGACGGUUUGAAGAUAGCUAAGGAUAAGCGUCAUAGAAGCUCCAGCAGUCUUUCUGGAGUGGUAGUGGAAGGAACACGCUCUGAAAGAAAACUAGAUAUUAGAGCGUCUAUUCCAGAAGUAGAUGACCAGUUUGCAAUUGCAGAAACACGCUGCGAUGAAUUACAAGAAAAGAUUGAUCUUGUUAAAGUUUUGAAAAGGAAAAGAAAAUUAAAAAAGCGAAGGUAAGCGUGCAGUGUCGCUUCUCGCUGCCUGUACAUUGAGUUGUUAUAUACUAUACAAUAGAUUUUAAUGUGGUUUUUAUCAAAAUACAAGAGUGAGUCAAGAGGAAGGUUUCUGCGUAUAAUGGAGGACCGCUGGCGGGUAGCUAGAACAUACACACGUACAUUUAGUGUAAUAAGUGUUAUAAUUUCAAAUAAAUUACUUUGUUUGUUGUUCCAAUACAGUACGACGAGAGUAACUGAUACCGCUACGCUAGAUGAAAAUAUGCCCUUCAUAAGUGUGCAGACGCAACCCAAAAAGACGAUGACGACAUGCGAAGAGGUUCCUGUUCAGAUCAACGAGCCUCCAGGUGUGGCUUGUGGCGAAGACGAUGAAUUACCCGGUUAUACAUUUCAGGAAUCAUUUCACCAACGACGUAAUGAUUCAUCAGACACACAUAAGAGAUCAGUGGAUAUGAGACACCAGGCGAAGACGUCAGCCACUGGACGCCGAAGGAAUGUGCCGCGAGAAAGUUCUAAUAAAGAAUCUGUUUGGAGAAAUCAAGAAGAGUCUGCGGCUAAAGACCACGACGCAAAAAAAAAUUGGCAGCCUCCUACGAACAGACGGCGGCAGAUGAACACGGAACAGCUUCAUGCUGCUACUUGGAAAGAACGAGAAGAGCCUACCACCAAAGAAAACGAGGAUACAAAAAGAUCUUGGCAGGCACCCACAAAUAGGCGACGGCAAAGGAAUGCAGAACAGCUGACUACUGGUGGAGCAUCGGCAGCUCUCGAAGAGCGGCCAGUGGUGGAGUUAUUCAGUAAAGCCCCGAACAGAAAAAGUCCAACGCCUUUGUCGCAAGAUAUUUCUACCAAUAAGAGACAUACCAAGAAUACACAUAUAGAAGGAUACUCAUCUAAAUCAGGAGAUCAAACAACAGGACCACUACGAGAUUCAACAACUGCGGAAACUAAAAAUGAGUUCCACCGACAUCCACGACGCGUGAAAUAUCGCAGCCGCCGCUACGAGCUGCCCACUGUGGCCUCACAGAUGAAACAAGCUGGCAUGCGUUACUACUACGACAACGGGAAUACCUCCAAUAUACCUUUCGUUGUCAGCAAGAGCACUGCGCCUUCGCAUAACAUCGGCGUUAACAUACAACAGGCACCUUCACUGGAUAAUCGGGAAAUAAACGUAAUCCGGCUGGGUCGACGGCUGCUAAGAUUGCCUUCUUACCGAUAUAUGUCUUACAAUCGUCUUUUGGCGCUGUACCGCGAGGGUGACGGCAUGGUACCGAGAUUCUUGCGCGCCAUCAGUCGACCACACUAUUUCUACACGUCCAUGUAUAAUUUAGCAACAAAUCGUGAAGAUGCGGACGGCGCAACGUCUAAAGGGCUAGGAGGCGGGCUUGAAACGAAGCGUACUUUGGCAGAGUACGCGAGCCUUUACCGCGAAUAUGUACAGCUUGACAAGUGCAUCAACGACGGCAACCACGACCCGGAGUUAGAACGACGACGUGAAGAGUUGGUCAAGGAGCUCGCUGCUAGAGACGAUCAUAUACGCAGGGUAGUAGAAGAAUACCGAUCUGAUGGCGACCAAGUGACACUCCGCGCAUCUGCCUCCACUGCCGAUGAAGCCUACCGUCACUCCACCUUCAAACUGAAUCUAGGCGACCCACCACAAUAA